AUAAGAAUAAGCAACUGCUUUAAAAAUUUGAUAGAAUGUUAGCUCAUCACCUUGUAAUAUUUGUCUGCAUUCAACUUCUGUUGUCCAGUGUCAGCGCAAUAUCUUUCACAGAGAUCGAUAACGCUGGAGCCGACUGUGAGGACAUUUAUAUUAAAUCAUCUGAUAAAGAACAAGGCGAGGUCGAUUAUUUUGUUUGUGUGUUUCGCAAAUUGAAAGCGUUUAACAGCGAUAAUUCUUUGAACGUGGAAGUAAUUAAAAAUGUACUGACAAUAAUUGGGCAAUAUUCUCCGCCAGGAUUCAGCAAAAGUCGUUUUGAAGCGGUAUUUAACGCAAUAGGAAGUUGUAGUUCGACAGCAAGUAACACUGUAGAGGAAAGUGUGAAGACAUACUUUCAAUGUGUAAAAAAGCUUACAUGAAUAUUCAGAUAUAUCCUUAAAAACUUGACGAUGAAGUUAUGUUCUUCAAUGUU